GACUAAUAAAACUGCAGUUGGAUACUUGAAUUCGUUUGUGAGAGCUAGUGACCAUUAAAUUAAAAAAGUUUGUCUUAAGUAGAUGAGAGUUUCACAAAACCAACCUAUCACCAGAGAAUGCCAGUACCCUACAAGAGAAAGACCACAAGUCCGCAACUUAGUUUAUCUGCUGGGCAAAGCUGCAAAAGUCUUUAGCAUUCAUCUCUCAAGAACAAAGCCUCUGAAGCUACCAAAUGAUUGUUCUCCUAACAUGCAAACACCUAUACCGGAUCCUGGUAGUCAUAUCCAAUCCUCUAUUCCAAACAUGCUCUUAAGGUCUAACGAGGAAGAUUGAAAGAAACGACAAACAAGAAAAUUACAUAAACAGAUAUUCACACAGUAACUUAACCACUGACCUCAUGUGAAAUUCACUUUGAUAGACUAUAUUCAAACUUUACCAACCCCUUCCCCAUUUCCUAUCCCCUUCCUCCUAGUUGUAACAAAUUGUCUAUGUUUCGAAAAAAAAGAAAAAAAAAAAAAAACAUAAACAAUCAUUAGCCAAACAGCUAAUUGCUAACCCAAACAUACAUGAACACAUCUAGAAGGUAAGAGCCUCAUCUCUACUCAUGUCCUCACAACUGGAAGCAGAUGCCUCUUCUCCGGAAAGAAGACUUGAUUCAAAACUGUUCUCCCCCAAACUCGAGGCAUAACUGGUACCAUAAAAAAAGGUGAUUUUAAAACACUUUAGGUUUUAAACGGAUCACUAGUACAACAGCUCAGGGCUAAACAACUACGUAACUUUGAGAGGAACGCCACCUGCAAACUCUAACAUCUUUGAAUUGAGGGAAAUGAGGGGAAAGGAUGAGAACAUAUUUUCCUCCAACUAAAUGAAGGACAGGAGAACAAACCUUUAUUUAGUUGGGUGAAAAUAUCUCUUUCACUUAUUUCUCUCCAACCCAAACAUGGGAUAAAUCUUUCACCACCCAACAAAAGUUCUCCAGUAUGUUUAGGUUGAGAGAAAUAGAGGAGAGGAGACCUUUAAAACAAAAAAUAAAGCAAAGAACUUCCU